CGGCGAGUCGGAGGCGGGCUGGACGCCGGUGCUGACGAGGCCCUGCAGCAUCAGAGGCAGAAGCAGCAGCAGAAGAGGUGGAGGCGCGGCGGUUUGGCUGGAUCAUGCAGUAUGGAAAAUCCUACGUUUGAAGAUUUCAAUCGAGUUGCAUUUUAUAGUACUUAUAUUAGACCAUGUUGUGAAUUGGGUCGAGCACAAUUCACAAAGUCUUCUUCAAAGAGAUAUAAAACAGGUGAUAUCUGUAAAAUAUGGUGUAGCAAGCCAAUUCAUGAACUGCGUAAAUAUUGUGAUGUGAUUAAAAUAUGCACAUUCAGACCACUUCUGUUUGUUCCUCAGUGUAAUCACACCAAAAAAUGUCAUGAUCCCAGUGAUUGUCAGUUUGGUGAAUUGAAUUUGGAGAGACUGUAUCAAAUUGAGACUUUAGAAGAUGUUACUGAUAUAGCCAAAAAGUUUGCGAAUGACCCGUUUUUCAUCAAUGGCAUAUUGAAAAUUGGAACUGAAAUAGACAAUAGAAUCUUCAGUAUUGUGGAAGCUCUUGACUGGGUCAAAUAUGCAGAUGACAUUGGUAUUUUACAGAAAUUAGAAAAACUUGGGAAUUACUGUUGGCCUUUCCUAGAAAUUUUCUUUGCUGAAUAUAAGCAUAAUAUAAGUAAAGUUGUCUUGGAGGAUUACGAUUUGGUAGAAGCAUUUGAUUCUCAGUACUGCGAAACCUGUGUAAAGAAAAGUGAGAAUAUGAAAAAGACGGGAAAUGAAGCAUUUGCUAAAGAGGAGUUUGAUAUUGCUGUUAAUGCCUAUACAAAAGCAAUAGAAUUAUGGCCUGAAAAUCACCUUCUUUAUGGCAAUAGAGCACUCUGUUUUCUUCGAACUGGGGAGUAUAAGAAAGCCCUGUGUGAUGGGAAGAGAUCCAUCAUUUUGAAGCCCAGCUGGCCAAAGGGGCAUUAUCGAUUUUGUGAUGCUCUGUCGCUCCUGGGAGAACAUACAAAAGCUCUACAGGCCAAUGAGAAAGGUCAGGAGCUGUGCAGAGAUAAUCCUGAAGGAAUUAACGAUCUUACUCAACAACAUGAGAAACUGAAAAAACAAAUGGAAGAAAUUAGAGGUGUGAAACAGAGUAAACACAGAAUGAAGAAAUGGGUCUUUCAUAAAAAUUCUUCAGAAUCUACUUCCGUUAAUAUUGAAUCAAAGAAAUCUGACACUGAAAAGAGAAAACAUCUUGAUUUGCACAACCACUUCUGUCAACAAAAGCAAACAAAGGUGGCAUCUAAUACGUUAACUAAAGAAAACAAAGAUCAGCUUUCAGAAUCUACCUCGGGACUGAAUGAAAAUCCAAGGAAAUCAAGGAACAAAAUGAGUGAUUCUGAAAAUGCAAGAGAUCAACUGAAUUUGAAAAAUGAUUAUUCCAAAGGUCUUGAAGAACAGAAUGCUUCCUGUGGUACUGUUCAUCAGGUGGAUGCAAUAGUUUCUUUGGAAAUGUUGAAGACUCAUAUUACACAAGGAUAUACAUCUUUGAUGGAUCAACGUUUUCACAGUGCUGAAAAAUCUUUUGCAUUUUUAUUGAAUAAUCUAGAUUCAUCCCAACUACAGCAACUGAAUCUUGCUGUUGUUGAUUAUGUUGUAACCAUCUAUGGAUAUGCCACAGCUCUUAUUGGAAUAGGGCAACCUGAGGAACUAACCAAGGCCAAAGGCCAUUUCAAUAACAUAAUUGAGCAGUAUCAGAAACUGAGAUUUGACUGCUUAGCACACUAUGGAAUCGGAAAAGUAUAUUUAAGACAAAAUCGGUUUUCAGACGCUCUAGAACAGUUUAUGAAAUCAAAGACCAUGGUUCAUCAUAAAAUGGUUCCUGGUGUAUUGACGUGGCCUACAACUUCAAUAGUUAUUGAAGAGACAAGGACUGAGAAAUUACAAGUUAUAUUGCAAGAUUGUAUUGAAGAAUGCAAGUUUCCUCCAAAUGCAGAUGCAGUUUGUCGCUAUCAGAAUUGUCAAGCGCAUAAAAUCAAAAUCUAUUUUAGUGACCCAGAUUUCAAGGGUUUUAUACGUGUUGCCUGCUGUGAACAAUGCAUAGUGGAGUUUCAUGUAAGCUGUUGGAAGAAGCAGAAAGCAACAAGAUACAGUGAUAAAAAUGACAAGGAUAUUCUUCGAGAGCUAUGCUUUACUCCAGAUUGUGAAGGACUCAUUUCUAAAAUAGUAAUUGUUGGUGCUUCUGGUUUUGUCAAAUGUGAGUUUGAACAAAAAAUAAAAAAGAAGACUCCACCAAGGCCUGUCAUUAAACAGAAGUGCUCAAGUUCUAGGAAUAUAGAAAGAAAACAACAGAGAAAAUUGAAGAGAAAAUUUAUGAAAGAGGAGGUCUCGGUUCAGUUAAGAGAACUUGCAGAAGCAUUUCAUAAAGAAGACUGUCCAGCAAGAGAUGCUAGUAAAAAAGGAAAUCAUGAGGAUUUUUUCCCUAAGGAUCCAGUUCUGCAGCUUAUUAUACGGCAUUCUGUGAACAUACGAGCAGGUGUACAUGAUGCCUUUAAGCUUCUUAAUGAGUUGCUUUCAUGGUCAGUACUUAGUGAAGAGGAUUGCGUGGAAUUUUCUACAGGUUGUGGAUCAUCAGCUGAAAUAAUGGAUCAGCUCAUAAACUUCUUAGUUGCUAAAAAUGAGAGGGUGAAGACAAGAAUUUUUGUUCAUGUUUUAAGUGAGUUUGAAGAAGUGGAACCUAAAUUACAUGAUUGGAUGAAACAUCUUGAUAAUAAAGGUUUAAAAGCUACAGAUUCAUUUUUUGCUCAAUAUAUUGUGUACACUGUAGAGGCUGAUUUUAAGUUGGUAGCAGUUCUUUGGAAUGAGAAAUAUGGUAUUAAACUAGGUAAGAAGUUCACUUGCACAUCAGAAGAUAUGAUUGAAUGGCUAGACUACCUUUGCAACCUAUCAACGAUAGAUCUUCGUUACUUUCUAUGGCUAUUAGAAGAGAACAGAGAAAAAUUUCCAUUUUUUCAUCAGUAUUUAGAUGACUAUUUUGAUAGCUGGGACAACCCUUUUACUGUAAUAAGGAAAGAGGAAACUGAAACUACUUCAAAUAAUGCUAUCAAAGUUAAAAACAGAAACAGAAAAAAGGCAAAGGAAUCUAAGGCUAUUCUAGUUGUACCUGGUGGAGUUAGUACCAUAGCUCGAGAGGAAGAUAAUAUAUUUUCAGAAGAAAGUACAUUAAGUUUUAUGAAUUCACAUGAGCCUUUCAGAAUUCCAGAUAGUCUUCAUGAACAGGUGGAAAUAUUUGAAGCUUUGAAUAAUAAUGUUUCUUCCAGUAGCAGUUAUCAGAGAAUUUUGGACAACUACCCUAAUCCAACUUGUGAAAGUUUAUAUGACUAUUUUUCUCAAAUCUUGGAAGAACAUGGUCCUAUGGAAAUUGAUCAUCAACUGUUAGUUGGAGAAUAUAAACACUUUCCUGCAGAAACUCGCAAGAUUGUGGAGGAUGCUGGUGGUCUGAAAUCUUUUCUGUUGGAAUCCUUACGUUUUGUUAUGAUGGGUGAUCUUAUUGGCUUGAUGAAACAUGCCGUAAUGCUGACAGAAAAUGCAGAUAUCAGUGGAGUUGAUGAAAUAACUAGAAAGAAAGAAAAUAACUCAGCCUGCCUACAUAGUGAAGAAAACAGUUCCCAAAGCAAAGUUCGUUUAAACCCAGCUGCAAAGGAAUUCAAGCCCACCUCUUAUAUUAAUAAACCUUUUGUGACAAUAUCUUCUAAUACAGUAACCAGUAAUACUUUAGAAUAUAUGACAGUAAACUCUUCCUCUUUUAGUUCUUUUGUUUCUGAAUAUUCUUCUAGUCGGGCAGUUGACACAAUAGCAACAUCACUGCCUUUGUCAAAGGUAUCACUGUCUUCAGCUAUAUCUGAAAUCCCUCCAAUAUUUCUGAAUGCAGAUCCUUUACAGUGUCAGGAUGAGAGAACAGCUCCAAUGCUUUCUGAAACACCCCUUGUGCCAGAUAUUUUGGAGCAGCCUAAAUAUAUAUGCACAGAUAAUGAUGCUUAUCUUGAUACCGAUUCAAAAGCAAUAUUGGGGAGCAACUAUAGUGCUGGUAAUCUUGUGGCAAGUGAUGAAGUGCAAAAAUUCCAGAAUCCUCAGUGCAUGCCAGUGGAGUCUGAUAGCCACAUCUCUGAAAAUCAUCCAUAUCAAUCUGAGAAUCGUAGUAAUGAAGCUGCAAAAAUGGAAACUGAAAUUAAGACUAUAGCAAGAAACAAUCCCCGUUCAAGGAUGAUUGCUGUCCAGGUAGAUCAAGAACGGACAGACAAGGGAGUUAAUACUUUGCCUCUUCAUCCAUAUGAAACCCAACAAGGAGAUAUGUUACGUACAGAAAAAGAACAUCAGGUACUACAAGAACAACUUAAAGAUGCAAGUGAAAAGUAUGAACAGCUUAAAUGUCGAAGCUCCACAGAAACUAGUGGUUUAGAAGAUGAGUUAUCUCUUCUCAUUGAAGGGAACAAGCUUACUAAGAGAGAACUAGAUUGGUUUCACCAAGAUGUAGAAAUGGAGAUGAAAAGAUGGCAACAGGAGAAGAAGGAAAAUCAAGAGGGAUUGAAAACAGGAAAGAGUAAAGUAAAGAAGCUAACAGAAAUCAAUGAAACAUACAUGAAAAACACUGAAGAAAAGGAUAAGCAAUACAAACAGUAUUUGGAAGAAUUCCUUGCAAUCAGUAACAAGUUUGAAAAUGAAAAAGUAAAAAUGGAGGAGCUUAUAAAGAAGAGUUGUGGUGACCACCAAGAAUGUGUUAAGCGAGCUGUUGCAGCAGAGGUAUCAGUUCUUGAAAAUUGGAAAGAGACUGAAUUAUAUAAAUUACAGAGAAGAGCAACACAUGCAGAAGCCAAUCUUAAAUAUCUAAAGUUCAUGACCAGCCAUUCCACAGUGCCUCAGUCAAAAUUACAAAUUGAUUCUUGGGAGACCUUUAUUUCUAACAUUAAGGAAGAAAUUAGAAACACAGAGAAUGAAUUUGAAGAAAGAAUUCGUAAGGUGAAAAAUGGUGCCUUUCUAAAUGAUAUCCCUAUGGUGGAAAUUGCAGAACUUCAGUCUCCUAGUGGUUUGUCAUCAGCAACAUGUGAGUGGCCUCUCAUUAAUGAUCCAGCUAUUGUAAUGUAUUCAGCUACAGCUACAUACCUGUCUUCUGCAUUUUCCAAUACUGAUGAUAAUGAUCCUGUGCACUCUGCGAUUACGGUACAGCCUGGAAUCAAAACUUCUAGUAAAGGUCCUAGGCUUCCUCUUGCAAAGAAAGACAUUGGAGAGACAUCCUUGGAAUCCAAAGCACAGUCACUUUCUGAUCACGUAUGCCUACCUGACUCACCAGAAAACUCUAGAAAAUCAGUCCAGGCCAUUCAUCUACAAUACAGAACUCCAGAGGAAUCACCACCAACAGCAGGAGGAUUGGAUCAGGUCAAAACUAUAAGCAAGCCACUUCCAAAAGCAUCUACAAAUAUCAUUGCUCAACUUAGAACUAUAUUUCCACACCAUUCAAGUUCAGACCUGGAGAAUUUCAUAAAAGAAGUGAAAGUCAAGAAUAAGAAUAAGCUGAGCACAGAUGAGCUGCUUAGCAGGGUAACAGAAUUUAUUCUAGAUCAUCCAAACAAGAAGAAGGUUCUUUGUUCUUCAGGGAAAAUUGAAAAGCCAUCCUCCGGUGCUUCAGGACAGAAUGGAAAUCAGAUUCAGAAAGUAUUGAAGAUGUCAGGACGAAACGUGCCUAACCUAGCAAAGUCUAGAGUUACUAAUGAAAACAUCAAAAAGACAACUCUCCCUCCUCAGUCAGUUCAGAUGCCUUGGAAAACUGUUGGAGGAACCUCAAAAUCUAAAUGGAAGAAACCAAGUGACAUGGAUAAUGAUCCCUGUGUAAUAUGUCAUGAGGAAUUAAGUUCAGAAAUGUUGCACGUGCUAGACUGUGGGCACAGAUUUCAUAAACUGUGUAUUGGCCCGUGGAUUAAGGAGCACAGUACUUGCCCAACUUGUCGCCAGCAUGUUCUGUUGCCUGAAGAUUAUCCUGAACUUCCUGGACGAAAUAGAACCCCUUAGAUGAUGUAAUACACAAAUUAGCAAGAAAACGUGAUUCAUAUCAUUUAGAAUCAUGAUUAAGAUUUUGUGUAGUAUGCUCCUUAUAUUUGUGGAGUAUUGCAUGAUAAGUACAAUACAUGAUAAGUACAAUGAGUACAUGUUACAAAUACUGCCAUUUCCCCUAACUGCUACUCAAACUACUUCUCCCCUUGAGUCACCUACUCCUAUGGGAUUUCAAAUUGUUUUUAUUCUCGUUAAUUGCAUAUAUAAGGAAAACAUAUAUUCAUUUCAUCAUAGCAAAACAAGUAGAUAAUCUUCACAAUUUGCCCAAUGGAUAUUAUUUCUUUAAAUUAAAAAGUGCAUUAAUAAAUAAUUAAUUAUGAAAUAUGUUUCUAUAGUCUUUGAAUACAGUUGUUGAUUGGUUACAAGUAUAUAGCACUGUUCAGUAAACUGAGGACCUGAUCAUUAUUAAUUCUCACAUGUGACCCCCUUCUUGAGGCCAGGCAUUCAGUGCUGCAGACCAUUUUGAAGAUUGCAGGUAUAGGUUUUUAAGAACUCAAACAUUAAAAAGUACAGCAUGAGCUUUCCUAGUUUCAGUUAAUCUCAAAGGUGCUACAAGAUCGUGCUGAUUCUACAGGCUACUAGAUGUAUAACACAUCUUUGAACUGAAAAGUACAGUUAGCUUUCAAUAUCCACGGAUUCAAGCAUCCACAGCUUGAAAACAUUUUUAAAAUACAGUGGUACCCCGGGUUACGAAUUUAAUUCGUUCCGCCGCCGCGUUCGUAACCCGAAAAUCUUCGUAAGCUGAAAA